AUGGCUCGAACGGACCCCCAUAUCAGGGCCGUCAUUCUGGCCCUUCGAAGUCGUAUAGGCGGCAAGACUGCCGAAGAGGUUGCAGUUGGCCUAGGGCUCUCAAAGCGCACGGUCGACGAUGUCCUACUUCGAGCCAAGAGGCAAGGUUUCGACCCGACGGCAUCUACCUUUACCUUGCGGCCCGAAUACAUUAACGAUGCUCCUCGAUCCGGCCGUCCGAAGAAGUUAACAGAGGCCGCCGUCGACACAGUCGUCUGA